CAUCAAGGGCAGCAAAGCUCGUACGAAAGGGCGAACUUGAAACGAACGAGUGGCACACGAAACGCCAGCAGUAAUGCGAACACAACAGAUGCUGAUUACUGUUGCUGCACUGCUCGACGCCGCUGCGAGGACCACUUUCUUAAAGCUGCUGGCAGCUGGCAGCGCGCCUAGUAAAUUGAGCAUUGGCCAAGCCGCAAUGUAAAGUGCGGCAGAGCAGAGCAGCUGAAGACUUGACUGGACCAACGAGGAUUCAGUUAAUAAUUUCCCACGCAACGGUGUAGUUGAUAGCGCUUCCGAGCUGAAGCUGAAGCUAAAGCUUAGUGGACUUAUAUACAGCAUUACCACACACACACUCAAAACAAGUACAAUAGUUAUCAAAUCAAAAUAAGCUGAGAUGAGCAACAACAACAAAACUAUUUUGUAAGACAAAAGCAGCUAACGGAAAGCAACUCGUGCACAAAGUAGUGAAAUUUCGAAGUAAAGAGAUGAAAUGUCACGGUCCAAUAUUUUUUGCGAAUUUUGUGAUUUUAAGUUUCAAAAAGAUGUUGAAAUAAAAUAACGGAAAUAUUGAAAGUGAAUUAUGAAAAAGCGCAGUUUUGAGAGCACAGUUGAAAAUUUAUUUUAAAAAUAACUUUUAAAAAUUUUUAACAAAAAAAAAAUAUUGUCGGAUUUUGAAGUAAAAAGUAAACGAAAAAUUUCAAAAUCGCUGUAUUUUGAAAUAUUUGUGAACAUUGCUUCAAAUCAAAGUGGCCGCCAGGCUGCAUUAAAGAAAUAAUUUCAAAGAAGCUAGAAGUGAAUUUGAAAAAAAAAAUCUGCAGAAAGAUAUUCAAAAAAUACAUUUAAAAAAAUAUUGAACAAAUACUAAAAAAAUACUGAAAGAAAAAGUUUAUUAUAAAAAAUGCUAAAAACACAUUUUUUUAUUCAAAAAUGUCUUCGAAAACAACAAUAAUUUCAAAUUUCACUAGUUAUGAGAUUAAAAAGUUAUCAUCAAUAGAAGCAUAACAUAAAAAAUUAGAAAAAAAAAAUUCGAAAAUAAAAAUAUUUUGAGCCGUAAAAUUGUCACCAAACACUAAGACAAAUACAAACAAAACGCCUUACAAUUCCACUAAAUUUGAGUUUAAAAAGUAAUUAAAAAUUAAACCACAACAUAAAAAAGUUUUAAAAAAUUUCCAAAAAAAUUUCGAAAAUAAAAGCAAUCAGAACUUUAAAAUGGUUAUCAAAAAACUGGGACAAAAGUGCCGAAAACCCUGCAAAUUUCACGAAAUAUGAUAUUAAAAUUUAAUUACUUAUAAAAACUCAACUUAAAAAAAAAUUUAAAAAUUUUCGAAAAUAAAAAAAAUUCGAACUUAAAAAUUCUCACUAAAAAAUAGGGCAAAUAGUGACGAAAAUUCAAAUUUCACUGAAUAUAAGAAUAAAAUUAAGCACAAUAUUUAAAAAAUUUUAGAAAAUUUCGAAAAUAAAAAAUUCGGAACUUAAAAAUUUUCACCAAAAAAUGUGAUUUCAAUUAUUUGUAAUAUACCAUUUUCGAAAAACAAAUUCAAAUCUGCAAUUUAAAAUCCAAAAUAACCAACCCGCCAACCGAAAAACAAAAGUCACACCCUUCAAAUUCGAAAACAAACCGCGAGAAAAUUUGCUUCAAAACUGCUUCAAGUGAAUGCAACUCAUUGCUGUUGCAUUCGCGCCGUUUAAUGCCAUUGUGAAGUGGGCGCGGUACACGCACACAAACACACCGACACACACACACACGCACUUUCAAAAGCACAAACACUAUCGUAAAUACCGUUACACCGUACUCGACUCGUUACACCACAUUCGGCCACUAACUCGCACGACCUAUAAAGUGCUGCAAUAUUGUUAGAGCGACCAACAACUACACCUCAACCCCUCUGCAGGCCCUUCUAACCAUCCGCAGCCAUUAAACUAUACAUAAGUGUGGCAGCAACACCUGCAACACCAUGUUAAGGGCAGACCUCAACUGUCCUGCUUAUCGUUGUAAACGUCAGCAGCGUCGCUGCUGUCCGCCAUAAAUCGUCAUAUUCGGUACACGAUUCCAUUUCCGACGUCUACACACGACGUCCGAAGUUGUAAUCGGAAGUUGGUCGGCGCUGCUCUUCGCCAGCGUGCUGAUCUUACUUGCAACACUUGUGGCAGGCAGCACACACCUUAUUGGCCGCCACACAUAUGAGCGCGCUCACCUCUUCUACCACCCCCCACCCCCAUCCCAACUGUCGAAGUGGUGUCGUAAAUGGACUAACAGUAGCGUUAGUAAGGCAACUUGCUGGCGCAUCAUGCUCCAGCGAGCAGUCGAGGCUCAACAGCUGUGGCAGCUGGGCAGCGGUGAUCAGAACGGUUUUUCAUUCAUUUGCUACAACACUUACUAUCGCAGUGGCACACCACACCCUCUUUUCGCAUAAUCUCUAAAAAGGCUAACUGUCUGCUAUCAUAAAAACAAAAUGAAAAUAAUAUUAAAAUAAAUAAUAAGAAUAAAUAAUACAAAAGGUUUAAGUAUUAUAAUAAAUUAAAACAAAAAAAUUAAAUUAAGUCAUAAAUUAAAAAAAAAUUAAUUUAAAUUAAUAACGUCGUGAAGUCGAUUUUUUAACCAAAAAGUGCAAAAUUUAGUAUUGUAGAUUAUAAAACAACAAAAAUAAAAUUAAACUACAGUCUAUCUGUUAGCAAAUCUAACCUCAUUUCCAUUUGUUAUUCAUGCCUAAAAUUCAUUGAAAAAUCACAAAACUUAAUAAUAAUGACUUAAGCACUUUUUGUAAAUAAUGCAAACUGACAAGUAAACGGUUUCUUUAAAGCAUGUAAGCACAAAGUAUUUUUUAUAAGUGAAAAAGUGGCCAAAUGUGAAGUGGAAAAUAAAAAAGUGUAAAUAAUUAACGAAAUAAAAUUCAAAAAAAAAAUCAAAAUUGAAAAUAAAAUAAAAAAUCAAAAAACAAAUCAAAUAAAAUAUAAAACAAAAAUUUACAACUACUUUACAAAAUAAAAUUAAGGCGUAAUUUAAUUAUAAUAAACAUAUUGUUUGAAAAACUUUGAGAGGCAAAAGCGGCAGAAGCAAUUUCCGCCUUCCUUUGCUCUUUAAACAGAACCAGAAGCGUCUCAAAAACACAAAAGCUUCCAAAACUAAAUCAAAAGCAACAACAACAACAACCAACACUCAGUUAACAACUUGCAAAACAUAAUCAAAAGAAAACCAAAAAUUAAGCAAAUCAAACAGUCAAAAAGUAAAUGAAAGCAAACUUAAGAACAACAACAAACACAACGCUUUGCCGCCAAGAAGUUGCACAAACCGAAAAACCCGAAAUCAACUUGCAAUUAACACUUUCGAGUGCAACUGCACCCGCACAAGCUAAGCAGCUGUGUGUGUCAAACCGAAAAUUAAAUAAACGCCAACAACAACAAAGUGAAUGUGCAGAAAAAACGAGUGAAAGUGAGAAAGCGAAUUACUGACUUGCAAAACGCAAAAGCCACCAAAGCAACCAAAGCAGCGGCGAACUAAAUGCAAAUGCACCAACACACACGCACGCAAACAAGCAGGCAAAUAACGACGGACGCAACGACCGGUUCGUGUGUGUGUGUGUGAAAGUGCGCGUCUGUUUGUCUUUUGCAUAAAAGUGGUGAAAGUGCACAUAACGGUACAUGUAGGUUGCAGCAAACUAGCACAGCAGUUGGCCGAGACGCCGAGGCAUAAAGCACAGUUGAGGCAAGAGCGCCGUCGCUUGGGCGCCAUGUUGCUGCCACCACCAUCGCCGCCGCCACCAGCAACGCCACGAUUUUGUUAUUCAAUGCAACUUGUGAUUACUGUUUUUAUUUAAAAGCGAAAUGGUUAUGUUGAUGCAACAAAUACAACACAACUUGCACCAAGUGAUAAAUGCAAAGUCUAAUAAAAAGAGAUAGCACUAAUUUUACUCAUAAAUUUACAUACAAAACUAUGCUUUAAGCUGUGUAUGACACGAAUGUAAGAAAGCGUAAACUAACACCAAAUAAACAGAGAAGAAAAACAAAAACAGAACAAGAAACAUUUUAAUAAAAAUAAAUUUAAAUAAUAAGAAAUGUAACUAUGACACAGAGCUAAAUGAGUACGAACUUGUAAAUGCACGAAAUUAAACAAAAAAUAUAUAAAUAAAUAAAAUUGCACUCAAACAAAUGAGCUUUCGAAAGCAACUCAACACCAAGUAGGAAACACAACAACAAGGUGCUUGGAAAAGUGAGCGUUACAAUAAGCAAACGAAGAAGAAGCGGAAACUGAUAAGCAAUUGUGAAGCAAAAACAACUCAACUCAACUCAACUGAGCUCAACUCAACUCAGCUCAACUCAACUCAUUACAAAUAAAACACUCAGGCGUUCAUGAGCAACAAUUAACUCACACGCUCACAAAUGUAUUGCGCGCACAAUCGGUAACAACAACAACAAACAAGCAUAAGAAGAAAAACAAAAACAACUCCAAUGUAGUGUGUAGCCGCUCUCAAACACUCAUGCCAGCACGCACGCUCACAUCGUAUUUUACAUAUAGAUAGAGACUCACGCAUAAGCGCUUCCAAUAGAAAAGUAAAAACAAAGUAAAAAAAAAAGUAAAAGAAAAACAGUAACAAUAAUAACACUAGAAAGGCUUGAGUACUUAUUUUGAGUAGAAAUAUAUUUUGCAAAAUUUAGUUGUCGCUCGCUCGCUCGCUCACACGCUCACACGCUUGCUUGCUCAUACACUCCAAUACAGUUAUAUGUGCGCUACAAACGCUUGAACGCUUCCAAAACCGAAACCAAAAUCAAAACCAAAACCAGAAACAACUCAAAACAUAAAUUGUAAAGUGUGUCUGAGGAUUGCGUAGGCCUUUUUUUACUUUUAACGCUCAUAACGUAAUGUAAUUGUAUGCAAGUUGCUCGUAACAUAAACGCACCCAAGCAAUAAACCCAGCUAGCUAGCAAAGACACCUACCACCAAUAACACCACCAUCAUAAUUAUCACUAUAAAUAGAGCACCUAACCGUUUGAUAAAUAUAUAUAUAUAUUUUACCACCAACAACACACCAAUUUUGCUUAUAAAGUCCAGUCCUUCACCAAAUCAGCACCACAACCACCAAAACCACCACCACCACCAAAACCACAACCUCCAGCCAAUCACCAGCCUUUUGUAAAUCACCAGUAAAGCAAGUGUACGCAAAAUUACCGUCACACCAACGCACUUUAAGUGUCACCGUAAACGUAAGCGUAAACGUAUACGUAGUUAUCAACGUUAUCAUAAACGUAAACGUAAAAGUAAGAGUAAGAGUAAGAGUAAUAAGCAUAACAGCUAACGCCUUGUACAUCAACGUCAUCGUAGACGUAAACGUAAACGUAACAUUUGUUGUAUUUGUACACCGUAAUUGUAAUUGUAACCCUUCCCGCCCGCCAAAUCCCACACCAGCACCACAAUUGCACAUUACUAUAAUAAUAGGCACCCCUACUACCACUAUUACUACCGUAUGGAGCGCGGCGCCAGCGGUAGUAGUCACCAUCAUCAACAUGCUGCCGCCGCCUCCACCGCUGCUGCUGGCCACAGUUACAUGACCCACCACGGCGCCGCCAUCGCUGCUGACCUUGAUUACGAGUACAAUACGCCGGGCAAGUCGUCCUUUGACAAUCCCGCCACCAAGAAAAAGCCACCCAAACUGAAAGCCAUCAGUCGUUCGCUAUCGAUGGCCAUCGACAAUUAUGCGCCACCUAUUGGUGGUGGUGGUGGUGGCACUGGCUCACCACCCACAAUGAUGCUGGAUGACACGAUGAUUGUCGAACAACCGCUGAUACAUCGUUCCGCCUCACCGCUGCCGUUGCGUUCGGCGCCGCCACAAACGUUGGCGAUACCGACGCAUCAAAUGCAUGGCGAUGGUAGUCGCGUCGUCUCGCCCGCGCUGUCGGCGCGUCAACAACAUCACCAGCAACAGCAACAACACAGCCUACAUACGUUUCAAAAUAUGGUGGCGCAUGCGCGACAUCAACAACAACAACAGCAACAGCAGCAGCAGCAACAACACCAACAUCAUUCGAGUUCAACUAGCUCGCCGACGUCGCAUGCGGUUAGUCCGUUGCCGGUGCGCGUACCGUUGGCACAUCAGCCGGACAUCUACUUGGUCAGCAGCAGUAGUCUGGGCGAAGAUGUGGGCGCGCUCGGUGGUGGUAUACGUGGCGGCAGCAGUUCGCCAAUACAAUUCAUCGAUGACUAUAUGCUGCCGCCGUCGUCGUCGUCUCAUCGACAUACGGUCAGCGCUACGCACCCGCUUAAAAAGAAUAUGUUUCGACGCUCUGACACAAUUGACGUACAUCCGGCUUCCACUUUUCAGAUGAAGAAAACCCAUUCGUUUCACGCACAGCAAGAUUCCGCCGCCACAAUGGAUCAGAUGCUGUUGUCCGCAGCAGCGGCAGCGACGCAAGGCUCAUCGGCGUCCUCGAGUAGACGUACAAGUUCGGUGCGCGGCAAUUUUCUUAUGCCCGGACAUCCCAGCGGUGCUAGUGCCGGCAAAGAGUUGAGUCGUUCGCCAUCGCCUAGUCGCCGUGGUUGUCGUUCACAUCGUUCGUUCAAUGAUCCUGGACGACGACCCAGCAUCAAACCGGAGUCGGUUGUCGAAUCGCAAAUACGACAUCCAUCGCUUAAUGACGAACUUAUGGAAUCGCUGGAGGGUCGUACAGCCGCAUCGCUAUUUCCACAACAGAACCUAUCAUUAGAAAACGAGCUCUUCGUCGAAUCACGUUCGCGCAGCAAUAGCAGCACAAAAAUGGAGGAUAUCGGCAUGGAGGUGGCUGCAGCACAACGCGCCGCAGCUGUUUUACUGGCGCGUAAGAGUUCGGGCUCCUUCGAAGAUGGCAGCGGCGCAGCAGUCAUGACACAUGGUGGCACGCACCCGCCCUCAGCGUCGUCGAGCAGCCUCAAGAAGCGCGGCGAACAUCCACACACACGUCAGCAUAGCUCACAAAGCCUAGAAUUGGAUGCACGCCCAUCAACUUCGGCAGCAGCAGCAGCCGCAGCUGCAGUACAUGGUCACUCACCGCAUGCGCUGCAACUGCAUAGCGCCGCUGCCGCAGCCACGGCCGCCUAUCACUUUAAACGCGGCGCACAACACGGACGCUCGCUCUACCUAUCGCCAAACAACCUCGAAGAGCUGCAAGUACAUCAACGGCCCAGCGUACUUGCCGCAGCCGCCGCCUUUCAGGGCACCAACGCCAGCGCCAGCGUCAAACAGGCGAAAGCAUUGCACAGCGCCAGCAUGCGUUUACGCACCUACCGCGAAACACUGAGUGCGACCAAGAAAUCGAAGAGUUUCAUUGGCGAUAGCGCCUACCCACCCACCGCUGUGACGGGCAACGAGUUCGAGCUCACAUCACCCCACCGACGCAACAGUCGUCCAUUGUCCAGUGCGGUCGGCGGCACGGUAGAGGACAUCAAGCGUAGUCCACGUCCGUUGGCGUUGACGCCAACCUCUGCUACAGCAGCUACCGCCUUCAUGGAGGAGAAACGUCCCUCGUUCGAACGUAAACCGUCGCUGACGUACGAACUCAGCGAUGCUGCCUUCGAGCAAGUGCUACGUCCAUUCCAUCACAAAGUGGCCGGACGCAAGGCGUCGAUGAGUGGCGCUCAAGCGCACAAGGCGCUCAAAAAGAAAUCGCUCAGCGACGAAACGGACGAAGAUGAGGAGGCGCAUCGCAAACGCAAACGUAUCGUUUGCAUUGUGAUGACUGUAUUUUUCUGCUUGGCAUGCGCCAGCGUACUCGUUGUGGUGUUGACGCUAACACACUCCUCCAGCCAUGCGACACACCAUCCGGGACCGAGCAAGAAGAUACACUCAAUGUCGCGCGAGACACCAGUACAUUAUAACGUACGCCAAGAGAGUGAACGCCUACUCAAGGAGUCGCUGGAUCGUGCGCGCUCCAACAAAAACGCAACGGAAGCAGCGGCGCAUUUGGCAUUACAACAAAUUCCAUAACACAACGGCGAUUCAGCGGAGCGUAGUAGAAAAUUCGAGUUUCCACCACAACUGUUGCGACACCAGCAACCGCCAUUGCAGCAGACACAAGCGCAGCAACUGCAUCUGCAACAACAACAACAGCAAGAGGAACAGCAGCAGCUACAAAACGAUGGCGCAGUGCUCGGUUACGUGAACGGUGGUCUCGUGCACUACUUGGCACGCUUCGCUGAAGAGAAGCCAAAAAUCGACGACGACAACAAAAACAAUGAAAUAGAAGAGGGCAGCAGUAGAGCUGCUGCUAAGAACGGCAUAUACAGCGGUGCAGCAGCAACAACCACAUUUACGGCAGCAUCCACAUCGCUGGCGGCUUAUGCGAAUCGCGCCCAAGCCACCUACGAGCCGGCUGACACAAAAGCGCUCGACGGCAAAGCGUUGGAGGCGCAAGCAAUAGACGAUUUGCCAAUAAAGAGGGGUGUAAGGAGACGCAGAGUUGCACCGAUGCAGAGUGCAAUGUUGGAGGGUGCAGCAGGCACUACAAAGCCGACCAGCAUGCAUGCGCCGCACUCACUUGCCACACACCUUGCAACACGGCGGCAGCAACACCAGCAAGUGCAGCCAGAUGCGUCGCAGCAACAGGCGGCUUUGCCAGCUCAGCUGUCAAUUUCAAUGUUCGCACAAAUUUUGUAGCAUCGCACACCGUUAACGUGUGUCAGUCUAUCGGCUGGGCAGCGAUUUUGGUGCGCGGCUGUACUUUUGUUGCUGUCGCUUGCUUGGCGCAAAACAUGGACCAAGGCACAUCAAUUAACGAGUCACCUCUGUUGCAAGGUGUACGUAGUCGCCAACAACAACAAUAACCACUGUCAUACGUGCAACAUCGUUGCAGUUAUGCAACGCGUUCAAUUGCUAAGGCCGUAAAUGGUACAAAACUACAAAGUCAAACGAGCCUUGGACCCAAGGCACUUUUCAGCACACUAAAUGGAAACUUCCAUAUUUGCUUAGACCUUAUGACAGUCAAUCUGCGCAUCCGGCGACGAAAUUGUAAAAACUAUUAGAUAAGCGUUCGUGCACUGUUGUUAUUGUAUUGAUGGUUAGCGAAAAUCCCCGAUGUAAACGGGGUUUGCAUAUUAAAAAAACGAGUGUUUUAAAUAUAAGCUUUUGGACAAGCGAGCAUAAUGUUUGGCAUUUCGUGGUGGUUGAGUGGUAGUUUAAAAAUAUAUAAUUUUUGAUAAAAAUAUUAACUUUAAGCCAAAAAUCGAAAAAAGUCGGUAAUUUCCUUUGUUUUACUUCGAACAAAAUCAGUGUUGGAACCAAAAAAAAUAAUUCUUUCCAGCCUUUGUUUUCAAAAAAUAUUAAUUUUAAGGCGAAAUAAUUCGGUGGUUUCGUUUGCUUUACUGAGAAAAAUAACUGUGUUGGAGCUAACUGAGAUUGGAAUGAUCGCACAAUAGGUCUCAGCCGAGGACUAAACGUAUUUCGCACAUGAAAAAGUUUUUUUUUUUACAAAAAAAAUAUGAAAACAAAAGCUUGUAGGUCACAGCAAUAGUGAGAUAACACCAAAAUAAGUUUUUUUUAAUUUGAGUUUAAGCUCGACAAAUUACAAUUACGUAAGGAGACUGCUUUACCGCAAGAUUUAGGCAACCGACAAAUCAAUAAAUUAAAACUUUCAAGGUUAAUUAUAAUAUGCUCAACUAAAAAUUUCGAAAAACACUCACCGCAAGAGAUACAAUUUCAAAAACAUCACUUCACCGGAAAACUGUAAUGAUGACGCGCAACUGCUGUAAUGACUUUUAUAUUCACUUUAUUUUUACCAUCACUCGUCCGAUAAUUUUUUCUGUUAUUCACCAUGCACAAACUCUCUUCGAGUACCGUACGCGUUUGUAAAUAUUGCAUAAUUAAUUGUAUGUGUAAUUUCUUGUGAAUAUCACUCUCCCCAUAAAAAUGGAAUGCCACCAAUCAAACACCUGCAACCUCCAAGGAUCGCUACCCUCAACCGCCGCCUUAUGUCCCCGUAUGAGUACCUACCUGCAAAAAGAAGAUUGUGUUAUGAUAUUAGCAUUGUUAUUGUAAAUAGAUAUGAAAUAUAUAGUAUAAAUAAAUUAUAAAAUGCAAAUGUUUAAAGUUGAGCAUGGCAAUUUGCCUGAGAGCUAAUGCAAGCAGAUUGUGUUUUUGUUUGGGCCAAACGAGCAAACUAUUGCGUUUACCUACUCACUUGUAUGAGUAGGUAAAUAACUGAUUAUUAACAAAUAUGUAAAACAAAUUAGUAUCCUAAGUAGCAGUUUAUCUGCCGAAAAUUUUGUGUAUUAUUAUGUAACGUAAAAUUUGUAAUAUGUAUAAAAAACAAAGGAAAAUCGAAUUUUUUAAGUGCUAAAGGUAGUUGAAAGCAGUAGUAUGAAAAUUACAAUAAUUUAAAUAAAUAAAAUAACAAUACUAAAAAAAUAAACAAAAAUAAUAAAAAAGGAAUUAAAAAUACACAUUAAAUAAAUAAAACUUAAUAAACACAAAUAUAACUGAUUGAUGAAAACACAGGGAAUAUGCUACGUAAAAUUCAAUAAAAUACGUAUUACCUGUACUCUAAAUAAAAAAAUAUAGUAAAUCGAUGAAAGUACUAAGCAACCUAAUAGUAACAAUAGAACGAGUAUUAUUUGUAAUUGUGCAAUAAAUACGAUAUUCAAUAGUUGUAGUUAUGUAUGUAUGUAAGUAAUUGCAGUAAAACGUUUAUCAUUAACAAUAAUUAGCGGUAACAUUGCAUAACGAACAUAAAACGUAACAAGCGCCUAGCAAAAUAUAAAAAAAAAGAAAAAUAAACACAUUAAUGUACGUAUAUAUAUGUACAAAUGUGCAUAAAAACUAUGUACAAUGAAGGAACCGCUGCACUUUCAAGUUUCAACUACCUAUUUUAUACACUUCCCUUCACAGUGACAUUAAUUUGAAAUUGCAAUUUUCAAAUUCUCAUUAAACGAUGCAAAUAUUACAUUUGUAGCCACCUAAUUAACAUAAGACUUCCAAGACGUUGCUUGGUGCUCCUUACCUAUCACACAACCGAUGUGGCAUUGGAAUUAUUUUGCACCAGAAAUAAAGCAUUUUCAUUUCAAAUUCGUUAAAACGGAUGCUCUUCGACAUUAAUCUCCGGUUAAAUUUAAGAAGAUUACAUUUUAGCAACUUUUACGUAGAAUAGUCCACUUUCACUAAGGGUUAACAAUUGUAAAAUGCAAAUUUUUCCAAGAAGCGAAUAGUAAACGUACAAAACAUAACGUCUCCAUUUAAACACACAAGCACUUUACUCUUAUUGCUUAAAAAACUAAAUACUACACACUUUCAAAGCAAACACGCACAGAUUUUAUUAAACAAAUUAAAAAUUUGCAGUAACCGACGCCGAAGUACGAUCAAAAGGAAAUGAUGAAUAUCGCCAAAAUCAGCUGUUGGUUGCAGUAAUGCAUUCGCUGCAUAAAAGCACUCUGUGAGGAUACCGUUAUACACAGGAAGUGCCCAAAUAUGAGACAAUUAAUUUAUUUAGAACAGUUGAAACUUGAAAGUGUAGGGUUUGAGGAAAAUGUUGACAAAAUUUUAUAACUUUAGCGUAAAAAAUUAUUUAAAAGUUUUGGUGUGUGUUUUUACUUGUAAGGUAGCUUAGUAGAAUUCCGUUAAUAACUAUUAUUGUUGCAAAUAUGGUACUUUGAAAUUUGUAUAAUCGAAUGCAAAUAAGAAAAAAAGUGAAUUAAAAAAAAAUACUUAAUUAUCGGGGUGGCUUAGUAUAUUAUCAUUUUUAAUGUACGAUUAUCUUAAUUCUCUAUAAUUUUAUUUUUUUACUUACAUAAUUUUUAUUCCAUAUUUCGAAAAUUUUGUAACAAUACACAAAUAUGAAAAUAAAAACUUAAUCCACACAUCAUUUGUGAAUAUUUCACAAAAGAGAUUUUAUUUGAUUUUUAAAGUUAAAAUCACUUUAUUUUCUUAUUUUGCAUUUAUUAAGAUUUAUAAAUUUUUAUUUUAUUAUUUUGCAUUUAUUAACAUUUAAAAAUAUAUAUUGGUGUCACUUUGCAAAAAAACAUUUUGAAAACUAAUACUUUUUCCAUUAUAUUUUAUAAGAUAAAUAAUUUUAUAUUAUGUACAAAAUUAUUCCUUGCCACCACCCUGUUUUUAAUUUAAUGCUUUGGAUGACGUUUAUUUUAUUAUGCGUUAGCAUUUACACUGGCGGUUUCAAAUUAAUAAGUAUAAAGUGAAACAUUGGACUAUUCGGGCAAAAUUUUGCUCUGUUUAAUUUAAUGCAAAAGACAGGCGAGUUAAUAAAAUAUACGUAGUGUUUUGUAAACUAUUAGGAUUAAUAAAAAACACGCAUAAAAAAUCAAAGAAGAAAGUGCAGGGCAUAGACGCUGCGAGUGAAUUCGUAGUUGGCCAUGGCUUUAAACAAACUAUAACAUACGAACAAACUAAUUGCAUUAUUCACUUCAAUAUUUGCUAAUGCUUUAUGUUAAUUUAAUUUUUGAUUAAAAAAAUUUAUUACAGCGCUGCUGCUGUUGCUGUCGGCAGAGGUUGAAGACGUUAGAAAUUGGAGUUUUCCAUUCAAGUUUAUCAAAUAAAUGUGCACAGAUUAUUUAAUUGCUAAUUUAAUACUAAAUUACGAAUCGCGUGUGUUAUAUACAGAAAUUAUACAAAAUAAAUUCUUUUAAAACGAUUUACUUGACGAAAAUUUGCAAAUAAGUAACAUCCAACAGCAGGCAGCGUCGACUGCGCUGCUUGUAGCACUUUAACCAAUUGCGUUACUUUGAAUGCGCAGCUUUCUUAAUUUAAUAAUAAUAAUAACAAAUCGCGUAUAUUAUAUGCACAAAAUUAUACAAAAUAAAUUAGAUAAAUUCUUUUGAAACAAUAUGCUUGAUGAAAAUUGGCAAAUAAGUAACAUCCAACAGCGGGCAGCGUCGACUGCGCUGCUUGUAGCACUUUAACUAAUUGCGCUGCUUUCGCUAACGAUUUUGACGGUGUGCUUACCUUAACUUCUUUGCACAUGCGUUAAAUUGUAUAAACUUAAUUAUAAACACAUUAAUUAGCGAUAAUUUACAAUUUUAUUUAACGAUAAUUUAGUUUUAUUAACACAAGCGUUGUUUCCGGCGGAACGCGCUCAAAAAAGAAACUAUGCUAAUCAGGCAUGACAGUGCUGACGGCAACAGGUGGUUGCCAACUUGAUUUUCGUACAAAGCUUUUAAAUUAUUCAACCACAUCUAUGAUUUAGUGCUAAUUAAAGGUUUUAAUUUUAAUUUAAUUUAAAGUAAUUAAAUGCAAUUAAAAGUUGCAGCAUUAUUAAUGUUAAAUAUUAGUUUCUUAUGAGAUGAGGCCGGAUUUUGGCAAUAGCAUGGCUGCAAACGUAAUUGUAGUAAGUAAAUUACGAAUAUUGCAUAAAAUUAAGCAAAUUAGACAAAAUGUUUUUGCAUGAGAUUGUGCCUGUCACUACUAGGAGUACUUGCAAAGAGUCUGCAUCAUAUAAAAAAAAAAUUAAAUUAAUAAAAAAAACUUUAAAAAUCGUGACACAAACAA